GUGCGUCGCGGGCUGCGCGGUAUUUGAAUCCUGGACCAAGGGAAGCUCGCCGAAGCCGCUGUGCGGAGCCGGCCUAGGGAGCCGCUCCAACGGCGGCGGACGCCAGUGCCUGCCAGCUCCCCGGCCGGGCUGUGGGACUCGCCUCCGCGUCCCUCAUGGCGCUGCUCCGACGCCCGACGGUGUCCAAUGAUGUGGAGAAUAUAGACGCUGGAGUUAAUCCUAAAGCUAAGAGUCAUGUGACUAUCAGGCGUGCUGUUUUAGAAGAAAUUGGAAAUAGAGUUACAACCAGAGCAGUACAGAUAGCUAAGAAACCUCAGAACUCUAAACUUCCAGUUCAGCCCACCAAAGCAACAAAUGUCAACAAACAGCUGAAACCUACUGCUUCUGUGAAACCAGUGCAGAUGGAAACACUGCCUCCAAAGGGUCCUUCCCCUGUACCUGAUGAUGUCUCCAUGAAGGAGGAGAACCUCUGUCAAGCUUUCUCUGAUGCUCUGCUCUGCAAGAUUGAGGAUAUUGACCAGGAAGACUGGGAGAACCCGCAGCUCUGCAGUGACUAUGUGAAGGAUAUUUACGUGUACCUGAGGCAGCUGGAGCUUUUGCAAUCCAUCAGCCCACAUUUCUUAGAUGGGAGAGACAUCAACGGACGAAUGCGUGCUAUCCUGGUGGACUGGCUGGUGCAAGUUCACUCCAAGUUUCGGCUCCUGCAGGAAACUCUCUACAUGUGCGUUGCCAUCAUGGAUCGGUUUUUACAGGUUCAGCCAGUGUCCCGCAAGAAGCUUCAGCUGGUUGGGAUAACUGCUCUGCUGUUGGCUUCCAAGUACGAGGAGAUGUUUUCUCCAAACAUUGAGGACUUUGUUUAUAUCACAGACAAUGCUUACACCAGUGCCCAGAUCCGAGAGAUGGAGACUUUGAUUCUGAAAGAGCUGAAAUUUGAGUUAGGUCGACCUUUGCCUUUACACUUCUUAAGGCGAGCUUCCAAAGCAGGCGAGGUUGAUGUGGAACAGCACACGUUAGCCAAAUACUUGAUGGAGCUGACUCUCAUUGACUACGACAUGGUGCAUUAUCACCCUUCUAAGGUGGCAGCCGCUGCCUCCUGCUUGUCUCAGAAGGUUCUAGGCCAAGGAAAAUGGAACUUAAAGCAGCAGUAUUACACAGGCUACACAGAGAAUGAAGUACUGGAAGUCAUGCAGCACAUGGCUAAAAAUGUGGUAAAAGUGAAUGAAAACUUAACAAAGUUCAUUGCCAUCAAGAAUAAGUAUGCCAGCAGCAAGCUCCUGAAGAUCAGCACGAUCCCUCAGCUGAACUCCAAGGCCAUCAAGGACCUUGCCUCCCCUCUCCUGGCCAGGGCCUAGGUGGCUCUGUCCUCAUCCACACAUUCUGGAUUACUAGUUUAGAACUCUUAGUUUUGUACAUAGUCAACUGGUCUAUUUCAUGAAACCUCUUCUCAGAUCAAUUUUCUAAGUGUAAAAAUAAAGCUAUGAUUUUUCUUACGGUA